GAAAUAUGACAGUUGAGCAAUUUUCCGCUAGAAUCAAAAAGAUAGGUAAACUUGCUGAAAUGACUCCCGAACAACAAAGAGAGCAAUUUAUUCAUGGAUUAUCUCCUAUGAAUCAAUACAAUAUUUGUAUGAUAGCCAAAUUUAAUGAUACACAAAAUAAUAUUGCAGAAGUAUUGGCUGAAGCAGAAAAAUUUACAUUAUCUCAAGCAAGUGCACCAUCUUCUUUUCCUAUUUUCCCUGUUGCUAACCCUUAUGAUAAUGCUAACAAAUCAGGAAUAUCUAAAACCGAAGUUGAAAAUUUAAUAAAAAAUACAAUGGCAUCCAUACAAUCCCAGCCUAUUUCUUCGCAACCC